AGUGUGAGAUGCAUAAGAAGGCGUCAGGAUGACUCAUGCCUCAUUCAAUUUCAUCACCUCAGAAAUCCUAGAAGCACCAUCCACUGUGAACCUCGCCUAGCAUUCAUCUUCUGGCUGCUUGCCCUAAAGGCACACGGAGAGAGAAAGGCCUGACUUCCCAUAGCCCAAUUAGGAGCACCAGGGCAGAAAUUGUUUUUUAAUUUUCAGUCUAUUCCCCUACUCCAUAAAACAGUUGGGCAGGAGAAGGAUGCUAUUUUAUAGGGGCUGAUAGACAGGCUAACCCAGCUUUGAUAUCUUUCCUCAUUUCCGGGGGUGGAGGUUGGGGGGAGUCCCCAGCAGAAGCUCACUACAAAUACUUACUAUACAAGGAGUGUAUGAUACAAGGAGUUCAAGCUCAUAAAUGCUUCCUCGGUCUUUUUAUGCUGCCCAACCCCACUGGGCUGGGGAAUAUAAGAAAAGGGAUGGCAUCAGAUUCGCACAGACAACCUGGUGCCGCUUCCAGUCUUGACCUCGUCUGCCUUCUCCAGCAGCAUCAUGUCCUGCCGUUCUUUCCGCCCCAGCUCCAGCAGCAGAAUCCGGAACUUCAGCUCCUGCUCAGCCUUCGUGCCUAGGCUGGGUGACCGCUGCUGCAUCAGCGCUGCUCCCUAUCGAGGAGUGUCCUGCUACAGGGGACUGACCGGCUUUGGCAGCCGCAGCGUCUGUGCGGGCUACAGGGCUGGCUCCUGCGGCCGGAGCUUCGGCUACCGCUCUGGGGGAGUGUGCGGGCCCAGUCCCCCCUGCAUCACCACCGUGUCUGUCAAUGGCCUCCUGACCCCCCUCAACCUGGAGAUCGACCCCAACGCCCAGUGCGUGAAGCAUGAGGAGAAGGAGCAAAUCAAGUGUCUCAACAGCAAGUUCGCCGCCUUCAUCGACAAGGUUCGAUUCCUGGAGCAACAGAACAAGCUUCUGGAGACCAAGUGGCAAUUCUACCAGAGCCGGAAAUGCUGCGAGAGCAAUCUGGAGCCGCUGUUCCAGGGCUACAUCGAGACCCUGAGGCGGGAGCUGGAGUGCGUGGAGGCUGACAGUGGUCGCCUGGCAGCUGAGCUCAACCACGUGCAGGAAGUGCUGGAGGGCUACAAGAAAAAAUAUGAAGAGGAGGUGGCCCUGAGAGCAACAGCAGAGAAUGAGUUUGUGAUCCUGAAGAAGGAUGUAGAUUUUGCCUAUCUCCGAAAAUCAGACCUGGAAGCCAAUGCCGAGGCCCUAACAGAGGAGAUUCAAUUCCUAAGGGCUCUGUAUGAGGAGGAGAUCCGAGUCCUUCACACCCACAUCUCAGACACCUCGGUCGUGGUGAAGAUGGACAACAGCCGAGAACUCAACAUGGACUGUGUCAUUGCCGAGAUCAAGGCUCAGUACGAUGACAUCGCCAGCCGCAGCCGGGCUGAGGCCGAGUCCUGGUACCGAAGCAAGUGUGAGGAGAUGAAGGCCACAGUGAUCCGCCAUGGGGAGAGUCUGCGCAGGACAAAGGAGGAGAUCAAUGAACUGAACCGCGUGAUCCAGAGGCUGACCGCUGAGGUGGAGAACGCCAAGUGCCAGAAUUCCAAGCUGGAGGCUGCUGUGACCCAGUCUGAGCAGCAGGGUGAGACUGCCCUCAAUGAUGCCCGCUGCAAGCUGGCAGGGCUGGAGGAGGCUCUGCAGAAGGCCAAGCAGGACAUGGCUUGUCUACUGAAGGAGUAUCAGGAGGUCAUGAACUCCAAGCUGGGGCUGGACAUCGAGAUCGCCACCUACAAACGGCUGCUGGAGGGUGAAGAGCAAAGGUUGUGUGAAGGUGUUGGAGCUGUGAAUGUCUGUGUGAGCAGCUCCCGGGGCGGGGUCGUCUGCGGAGACCUCUGUGUGUCAGGGUCGCGUCCAGUGACGGGCAGCGUCUGCAGCGCCCCAUGUAGCGGGAAUGUGGUGGUGAGCACUGGGGGUCCCUGUGUGCCCUGCGGCCAAAGCUUCAGCCGCGGGAGCAGCCGCUCAGUCCGAUUUGCUUAGCUGCCCUGAGCUUCGGCUGUAAAUAACCCCUUCCCCGCCCCCUGGGAAUCAGAAGAUAACAGCCGCCGCUUUCGAAGACACGAACCUAACCCUCGGAAUUGGAGGCAGAAUUAUUGAGAGACCCGAGGAUGUCCACCGGGGAACGGGGGUGGCGGGAGACGGGACGGAAGGGGGAGAGAAGAAAGAAGAGGAGUUUUCAAUUUUGCAGCUGUUAUCUUCUGAGCAGCUAUCUCUAGCCAGCUCCUGACUUCUCUGGUCCCAUAUCUCUGUUUCUUGAAGGGGCGCCCUCCCCAAGCAAGGACCAGGUUCAUCCCCACUCUAUACCAGAUACACUAGGUCGGCUGGCCCUUUCCUGUACUCUCUCUCUCUCCCUUUCCUCUGGGCUUGAUUACUGGGUUUCCAAUAAAUCGAUAUU